AUGUCUCUCCCAGAAAGACCGGGCGCGACGCCCUCGUACGAGGAGCGGCAUAGCUACAGGCGCUCGCAAUCGCGGCGGCAGCGACCAGCAGACAUCGAGGCCGGCGGGUAUGCCCCCGUCAGCGGGCAGUCAAUCCAUCAACGUGGGCCAUCAGCUUCUUCUUUCGCCGAGACUAUUCCGUCUCCUAAUCCGGAAAUAGAGAGAACGCCCCUAUCGCCCACUGCAGACCACUCACGAAGCCCUGAGUCGCCUAUCUCGCGGAAACGGAGUCUUAUCAGGCCAGAGAGGAACAGGAUAGGGAAAGACCACCCGAAUUACCACUAUCGAAAGCAUGCGGCAAACAUGAACACGCUGCCAUCCUCAACGGGCAACGACCCAAUCGCCGAGGAUCUGGAAGGCACCACCGAUCUGUCUGGGUCGGGCUCUAGGAACGAGGAUGCAUUAUCGGACCAGUCUCCGCCGACGAGGCAUCGUCCGUCAAAACAGAACGGGAAUAGUGCAGAGAAGGCAGCUCGAACAAGGCGGAGGGCAUCAAGCGGAGCGAAACACGCCAAAAUCAUGAAGGAGUCGAAGCGUCAGCGCCAGGCCGACGAGCAGAUUCGACCUCCCAGCCUCUGGAACGUAUAUUGUGCCAUCGUGACGUUCUGGUGCCCGGGCUUCAUUCUCAAGUGUUUCGGUAUGCCGAGCAAGGCUCAGCAGCGGGCGUGGAGGGAGAAGAUGGGCUUGAUCAGCAUCAUCUUGCUCAUCAUGGCGUUUGUCGGCUUCCUCACAUUCGGCUUUACGCAGACCGUGUGCGGCCGGCCGCCGCUACGACUGCGAGUGAACCAGGUUACGGCGGGGUACAUGAUAUUCCACGGCACCGCCUACGACCUCUCUUUAUCCGCUCAUCCGGUCGCCCAGGGCAUUCCGUUGCGCUCGGACGGCAAUGGCGCGAAUGUCCUGUACGACCUGCCGGAGAAGCAUGGUGGCCAAGAUGGCAGUUUCUUGUUUCAAAACGUCAAUGGGAAGUGCAAGGGGCUCAUCAAGGCAGCGCCGGGAUCCGACGUCCCCACGGACGCGAGCGGCAAUCUAGCGUGGUACUUCCCCUGCACCACUUUCAACCAGGACGGUUCCACGAGGCCCAACCUGACAAUCCCGUACUAUCUGGGCUAUGCCUGCCACACCACCGCUACCUCCCGAGACGCCUUCUACCUGGGCCUGAACGGGGCGGCAGAUGUCUACUUCACGUGGGAUGACAUCAAGAACAGCUCACGCAACCUCGUAGUCUAUUCCGGUAACGUUCUCGACCUUGACCUUCUCAAUUGGUUCAACGAUACACAGGUUACGUAUCCGGCCCGCUUCAAGGAGCUAAGGGACCGGAACUCGCUAGCAAACCAGGCGAUUCGCGGUCGCGAUGUCACGAGAGCGUUCCAGUCGUCAGGCGACAAGCAGAAUGCCGAAUGCUUCGAGGAGAUCAUCAAAGUUGGUACGGUUGAUACAGACACGGUUGGGUGCAUCGCGUCUCAAGUUGUCCUAUAUGUCUCUCUCAUAUUGAUCCUCUCCGUGGUGCUCGCAAGAUUCGUCCUUGCUAUCAUCUUCCAGUGGUUCAUCAGUAAGAGGUAUGCUGCGGCCAAGACCUCCCAGACGUCAGACCCGCGGAAGCGCAACCGGCAGAUCGAGGACUGGUCAGAGGACAUUUACCGGGCUCCGCCUCGGUUCCCUGGUGAUAUUGGAAGCAGCGUGAAUGGCUCGGAUCGGCACAGCAAACGAAGUAGUACCUUUUUGCCCACCACCUCUCGGUUCUCAGCGGUCUACGGGGUCGACAGAACCAAUCGCAGGUCCGGCGUCCCUACCACCAUGGCGAGCCAAAACGCAGCCAACCAGCUCCUCAACCCUGGUAUCUACCGGCAGGGUAACGACAGCCGGACCAGCUUUCUCAAGUCGGACCCAUACGGAGCUCCCAGCGGGAGUCCCUCGGACGGCCCCGGACCGGCGGGCUUCAUCCACGAGGCUGUGGUCCCGCAACCUCCGUCCGACUGGAUGCCGUUUGGCUUCCCACUGGCUCACGCAAUCUGCUUGGUAACGGCAUAUUCCGAAGGUGAACUCGGCAUUCGGACGACUCUAGACUCAAUCGCAAUGACGGAUUACCCCAACAGCCACAAAGUGAUCCUCGUUAUCUGCGACGGCUUGAUCAAGGGCAAGGGAGAAACCAUGACAACGCCCGACAUUGUCCUCAGCAUGUUGAAGGAUCACAGCACCGCCCCGGAGGACGUCGAAGCUUUUUCGUAUGUGGCGGUUGCGAGCGGCUCCAAGCGGCACAACAUGGCCAAGGUUUACUCUGGCUUUUACGACUAUGGCGCUAACUCUGCCAUUCCGCUUGACAAGCAGCAGCGGGUGCCCAUGAUGGUUGUGGUCAAGUGUGGCACCCCGGACGAGGCCGUCAAGGCAAAGCCCGGAAACCGUGGCAAGCGCGACAGUCAGAUCAUCCUGAUGUCCUUCCUCCAGAAGGUCAUGUUUGACGAGCGGAUGACGGAGCUUGAAUACGAAAUGUUCAACGGGUUGUGGAAGGUCACGGGAAUUUCUCCCGACUUUUACGAGAUUGUGCUCAUGGUGGAUGCCGAUACCAAGGUUUUCCCCGACAGUCUUACUCACAUGAUUUCGGCCAUGGUCAAGGAUCCAGAUAUCAUGGGUCUCUGCGGCGAGACCAAGAUCGCCAACAAGCGAGCCAGCUGGGUAUCAGCUAUCCAGGUGUUCGAAUACUUCAUCUCCCACCAUCUCGCCAAGUCGUUCGAGUCCGUCUUUGGUGGCGUCACCUGUCUUCCUGGUUGCUUCUGCAUGUACCGCAUCAAGGCGCCCAAGGGCGCUCAGAAUUACUGGGUGCCGAUUUUGGCCAACCCAGAUGUGGUUGAGCACUACUCGGAGAACGUGGUUGACACGCUGCACAAGAAGAACCUCUUGCUGCUUGGCGAGGAUCGGUACCUGUCGACGCUCAUGCUGCGUACCUUUCCCAAACGCAAGCAAGUGUUUGUGCCUCAGGCCGUGUGCAAAACAACGGUCCCAGAAGAGUUCAUGGUGUUGCUCUCACAACGCCGCCGGUGGAUCAACUCAACCAUCCACAAUCUUAUGGAGCUUGUUCUCGUCAAGGACUUGUGCGGCACAUUCUGCUUCAGCAUGCAGUUCAUUGUGUUCAUAGAACUGAUUGGCACUCUUGUUUUGCCAGCUGCCAUCGCAUUCACAUUCUACGUCGUUAUCAUAUCCAUCAUUCAUUCGCCGCCGCAAAUCAUACCGCUUGUUCUCCUCGGUCUUAUUCUCGGAUUACCGGCUAUCUUGAUCGUUGUGACGGCUCACAGCUGGUCAUACGUGCUCUGGAUGUUCAUCUACCUGCUCUCGCUCCCCGUCUGGAACUUUAUCCUGCCGACGUACGCAUUCUGGAAAUUUGACGACUUUUCUUGGGGCGAGACCAGGAAGACGGCAGGGGAGAAGACCAAGAAGGCAGGGCUCGAGUACGAGGGAGAAUUUGAUAGCAGCAAGAUCACCAUGAAGCGAUGGGCCGAGUUUGAGCGCGAGCGCAGGAUACGGAACAACUACUGGGGUUCGACGGAAAACGUUGUCGGCGGAAGCCAACCUCAGGGCCAUGGUCCCUAUGAUGGCUACUAUUCGGACGCUUGA